GGGAGGAGGAGGAGGAGGAGGAGGAGAAGGAGGAAGAGGAGGAGGGAUGCUGAGGAGCUAAGGAGCCGCCUCGGCGAAGGGAUCCUCCGGGGCGCCGCUGCGGACAAGCGGGCGGGCGAGCCCUCGGGGCGGCGGCAGGCGGCGGAGGAGCCAGCAGCCCAGCUCCCUCCCCCCCCCCCGCGCGCUUCUCUCCCGCUCCCUCCUCCGCCCUUUCCCCGCCGCCUUGCCGCCGCUCCCCCUGCCGCCGCCGUCGCCCUGGGGCCGGGCGGGCGGCCGGGGAAUCGCGGCGCUUGGAUGCCGGGAGCCCGCGGCAGAGACCCAGCCCCGAGCCCGCCAUGGGCUGCUGCGGGAGCGCCGCCUCUCAGAGCUCCAAGCGAGAGUGGAAGCCCCUGGAGGAUCGCAGCUGCACAGAUAUCCCAUGGCUGUUGCUGUUCAUUCUCUUUUGCGUCGGCAUGGGUCUUAUUUGUGGCUUUUCAAUAGCUACCGGAGCAGCUGCAAGAUUGGUUUCAGGAUAUGAUAGUUACGGAAAUAUCUGUGGACAGAAGAAUAUAAAAAUAGAUGGAAUAGACAACAGUGGCUUAGACCUCACAAAAAAGAAGUACGUGUUCUUUUUGGAGCCAUGCAAUGUAGAUCUGGUGAAACGGAAGAUCAAGUCCAUCGCUCUUUGCGUAUCAGCAUGUCCACGGAAGGAAUUGAAAACCCUGGCUGAGGUUCAGAAUUUUGCAGAGACUAAUGGCUCCACAUUGUGUAGUUAUGAACUAAAGCCAUCUGAAUACACUACAGAUCCAAGGGCUGCCAAGCUUUGCCCCAAGCUCCCAGUUCCAGAGAGUGCACCUAUUCCAUUCUUCCAUCGCUGUGCUCCUGUGAACAUUUCCUGCUAUGCCAAGUUUGCAGAGGCCCUGAUCACCUUUGUCAGUGACAGUAGUGUCUUGCACAGGCUGAUUAGUGGAGUAAUGACCUGCAGAGAGAUUAUAUUGGGACUUUGCUUGUUAUCACUAGUGCUUUCCAUGAUUAUGAUGGUGAUAAUAAGAUACAUUUCAAGAGUACUUGUUUGGAUUUUAACAAUUCUUGUUGUUCUGGGAUCACUUGGUGGUACAGGAGUAUUGUGGUGGUUGUACGCCAAGCAGCGGAAGUCUCCUAGCGAUACUCUUACAGUUGAUCAGCUUCAAAUAGCCAAAGACAAUCGUCAGGCCCUUCUGAUCUAUGCCAUUGCAGCUACAGUCUUCACGGUUAUCUUACUGUUGAUAAUGUUAGUUAUGCGCAAGCGAGUAUCUCUCACCAUUGCCUUGUUCCACGUGGCUGGCAAGGUCUUCAUUCACCUGCCACUACUCGUCUUCCAGCCAUUUUGGACGUUUUUUGCCCUCAUGCUCUUCUGGAUCUAUUGGAUCGCGGUCUUGCUCUUCCUAGGUACCACAGGUAGCCCUGUCAAAAACGACCAGGGCUUUGUAGAGUUCCAAGUUGCAGGCCCACUGAGAUACAUGUGGUGGUAUCACGUCGUGGGGUUAGUUUGGAUCAGUGAAUUCAUCCUUGCCUGUCAACAGAUGACUGUAGCAGGAGCCGUUGUGACAUAUUAUUUUACAAGAGAAAAACGGAAUCUGCCAUUCACACCUAUUCUGGCGUCUGUCAAUCGCUUGAUCUGUUACCACCUAGGAACUGUGGCUAAAGGGUCCUUCAUUAUUACCUUAGUGAAGAUUCCACGAAUGAUACUCAUGUAUAUUCAUACCCAAGUCAAAGGAAAAGAAAAUGCCUGCGCUAGAUGUAUGUUGAAAGCCUGCAUUUGCUGCCUUUGGUGUUUAGAAAAGUGCCUGACUUACCUAAAUCAGAAUGCAUAUACAGCCACAGCUAUCAACAGCACCAACUUCUGCACCUCAGCAAAGGAUGCCUUUGUGAUACUAGUGGAGAACGCUCUGCGAGUGGCUGCCAUAAACACAGUGGGAGACUUCAUGCUCUUUCUAGGAAAGGUUCUAAUAGUGUGCUGCACGGGCCUGGCAGGGAUCAUGCUGCUGAACUACCAACGGGACUACACGGUGUGGGUGCUGCCGCUCAUCAUUGUCUGCCUGUUUGCAUUCUUAGUCGCUCACUGCUUCCUAUCCAUUUAUGAAAUGGUCGUGGACGUCCUCUUCUUAUGUUUUGCCAUUGACACCAAGUAUAAUGAUGGCAGCCCUGGGAAGGAGUUCUACAUGGAUAAAGUUCUUAUGGAAUUUGUGGAGAACAGCAGAAAAGCAAUGAAGGAAGCUGGCAGGGGAGUUGGAGCCGAAGGCAGGGAGCUCAAGCCAAUGGUAGGUCCUCUGGAAGAAGUGGCUGCUCUCUUCCAAGAGUUUCACGUGUACUUCCUGUCCCUUUCUGUUUUCACUGACUAUGCUUCUUCGGGAGAAGUCUUUGUCGUUUGUGUCACUCAGGAUGUUCUGCUUUUUUUGUUUGUGAGCUUGCCUCUCACCUGGAUGGCAGAGUUUUUGUCACAGCUGAGACCAUCUCCCAUAAAAGUAAGCUGAAAGGAACUGUAUCUUCAUGCUUCUACUGUGUUUCUCUAACCCCAGAGCGCAACCGAAUUCCCUCAGUAGUGAUGUUACUGGUACUCAAAAUUACCUUUGGGUUGUAUACAUAGAGAGGGGGAAACAGUCAAUAUGAAACAUAUAUAACUAUGUGCCCAGGUAUCCUUUUUGUGGUAGGGUUUCAAAACUUAGUCCAUGGUUUUAACUUGACAUUUACUAUCCUUUUGUUGGAAAAUAAGAUAUUACACUGAGUUGCUAAUAGGAUUCUGGAAGGCACAGUGGCUAUCGCUAUGAGUCACUUGACCUCCCUCCACUCCACUUUGCUGCCUCUGGGUGCCUGAUAUAUCUGGCUGAUAAAUUCUGAGGUGAUUUGGAGUGAUUCCAGCUUGUUCAAUUCCCUGUUUAUUUCCAGCCACAUAAGCCAAUUCACUUCAGCCUGAUUUUGACGCUUAAACACUCAUUUUUUAAGUUUCCACGCAUUUCUCCAUCAUCAAGGAAGUUGAUACAGUUACUCCUUUCAACCUGCUAAAGUAACAUUUCUCCUAAUUCUUCUCUCUUUGUCAUUAUUCUUUCUGCAUUUCAACAUUGUGCCUGAUGGAGAAAUGUGGAUUUGGGCUCCCUCACUUCAAACACGUCCUUUUUCCAUUUUAACAUGCAGUAACUUUUUGAUAAGCCAUGAAAUUCUUGGAGAUAAGAGAAAGCCAGGAAACAGUAUGAAGAAAUUAUAUAUUUCAUGUACUCCAUAUUGAUAGCGAUACUGAAGCAACAUGUCCCGUCCCCCUGCCGCAAUAUAAUACUUGUGGCUGGUUCAUACUAUACGUUGGGGCAAAUUUUUGCAGCCAGAUACAUUGACUUGGCAAGAGUAACAUAUACAAAUGAGCUCAUACCUCUCAGAAUUAGAUGUUGCGACCCUUAUAAUCUCCCCUUGAAAAACUGAGAACUCUUAACCCAGCUCUUAACCCAGGUUUCUCCAACCUCAAGUCCCCAGAUGUUGCUGAACUACAACCCCCAUCAUGUCCACCAGCAUGGCUGAUGGCCAGGGAUAAUGGGAUUUGUAGUCCAUUCAUACCUGGGGACCCAGCAUUGGGAAAAGCUGUAUUGAUUCCUUUUCACCGGUGCUCAGUUGGCAGUGCUCUUCUUUUUCAAAUGCAUAGGUGGGCAUGAUUUACAUGGGGCAGGGGCCUGUGGAUUUCAUUAAGGGUCCCCCCUCUCCCCAUAAUUUGAUCACUCCUUUUCACUCAAAGCAGGUCCAAUGUUUGGCUGUGAGUUAUCAAAAAAUGAGUUGAUACAAAUGCAUUUGUAAACUAGCUUGUAAGAUUAGUUGAUAUAAUCAAUGUAAAUGACAGCUAUCACAAAUAGUUUUUAAGGCUGACAUGAGAGUUAAGUGAGGAGAAGAUCCUGCACUUUGCUCUUCAAUGGUCUUAACCAUGCAUUAGACUUCAGGGGGUCUAAGGAGCUGAAAAGGAAAGACUAGUUGCUGGCUAACUAAGUAUACAACAUAAUUAAUGUAAUAAUUGCUAAAAGUGUACCCAUGUGCUGGCGCCCAUGUGGCUAAUUUGUCUGAGGAUAUGAACUAGCCAGAAGACAAUAUGGUAGGGUGACCAUGGAAUAGCACUCAAAACAGAGGGCAACACCAAUGCAUGUUUAUGAACUUGUGAGAGCCUCCCAGAACACAAGAACGCAAUAAAACGGAUUGGCAGUAGGCCCACGCCAAACACAGGGAGAUAUUUCUUCAUAGAGCACAAUUAACACAUUAACGUAGCUGCUUUAUUAAACAUGAACAUAGAUGCCUCCUGAAAGUCAUUAGAUAAAUUCAUGAGGGUUCGGUUUCUCGGAGGCUACUAGUAAUGAAUGAUCACUCAGAAUGAGACCUAAGUGUGCAGAGGCUGCAGACUUCUAAUAACAGCGUGCCAGAUGUUUGGGGGCAGGCAAUAGGGGAUGCUCUGCUUUUGAGCUUUCUGGGAGCUUCUGCACGAUCAAGGCUGGAAACAGAAUAUUUGACUAGAUAGAUAUUUGAUCUGAUUCAGCACGGAAGUUCUAAUAUUCCUUUCGCAUGUUUGCUCAGGGACCUGCCAAUCCUCUUGGUAGCCCUGAUUGCUACAGUUUGAAGCUGAAGCUAAAAAAAAUUAACAUUAUUUUUUUGGAACGUAAUGCUAAACAACAAAUAACUCUGCACAAUCCUCAGCCUUGCAUUCUCCUCCUUUCUCUCUUCUCUUGGCAUAGCUGUCUGAAGAUCAGAAGCACUUGCUUCCUGAUACAGCCAAACCCAAACUGCUCAGAGUUAGUUCAAACAAGCCAAGAUCAAAAUGUGUUUUAUGAUCUUGACUUGUUCACCAAAAAAUAAACAAGUGGAGAGGCCUCUAGGUCUAAUCAGCAGGUCCACAGACUCUUUUGAUCAGGCCCAGUCUUGCUCCCUCCACUGCUCUCGCCAGUUUCCUCUUUUCCACCCAUCCCUUCCUCUGCUUUUCCCCAUCCCAGCCCCAACCCUGCUGUUUCUGCUGCUGUGAAAAGAGGGAGAGGGAACCAGCGUGCAGAUAAACUCGGAGGCCCAACCGUGACCCAUGGUGAUCAGGGCACUGUAGCAUCCUUCCAAAAAAUGCUGUCGCUACCGCAUCUAGAACUGUUCUGUCAGAAGCUGGGCUAUUAAUUGGGCACACAGCUUUGUACAAAGAAACCUAGUGCAGCUUGCUGGUUUAUCUAGGUUCAGCCAGAGAGAAAAAUCACACUAUAUAUAUCCACAUUGGAAAAGUUUGACUAAUGUGUCUAAUUUUUCAGACCUUCAUUCUCGUAUCAAUCAAAUCUCUGUUUAUUGUGCCAAAGACUGAAAACCGGUGCAGUAGAAAAGUUUUUAGUGUCAGUGCAGCAUGCAUUUUUCAAUUAUGCUUAUGAAUCUAUGUUCUAAAUAUGCACUGUUCUGAAAAAUUAUCUCUACUGGUACUUUGUAGUAAAAACAAUUAAUGCACUGGUGGGAUCCUUAGGCAAAAUGUAUAAUUGGGUUAAAGGAUUCAAGGAAACUGCAGGAAAGUGAGAUUCUUAUGUUUACGAUGUGAUCAGAUUGAUUGUUUAUACAAAUUGUGUUAAAACUGACUAAAAUUUUAAAAAGUGUCUGUGUAUGUAUAUAUUAUGUACACAAGCACAUAAA